CGUUUAUUUUUCCUUUUGAACCUUCUCGGCUCCUGUACUUGAGUUGGCAGCUCAAUUGUUUUGUUUUGGUGGUCAAGUUGGAAGUCUACUUCGAGCUGUGACAUCAUGUCUGACAAAAGUGAGCUGAAAGCGGAACUUGAAAGGAAGAAGCUACGUUUGGCACAAAUCCGGGAGGAGAAAAGAAGGAAGGAAGAGGAGCGAAAGAAGGCGGACCAACAGCAGAAAGAAGUUUCACAACAGCAGGAUGACUCCGACCUGGAGAAAAAAAGACGAGAAGCUGACGCUCUUCUGCAAAGUAUGGGGAUAACACCAGAUGCUGCAGUUGCCCCUCCUUCCACGACUCCUGCUCCCAAAUCAGCGGAAACUCCUAGUGAAACCGGCAGCCAGGACUCUGAUGGAGCCGUGGGACCCAGGACUCUGCACUGGGACUCUGACCCGUCCACUCUUCAACUUCACUCUGAUUCUGAGCUGGGGUACUGGACACUCUCUUCUCUCCUUUCCUGGCGCGUGACUCCAAAACUGGGAAUGGCCAAAGUCACACAGGUGGACUUCCCACCACGUGAAACAGUGUCCUACACCAAGGAGACUCAGACACCAGCCCCCGCCCAGGCUAAAGAAGAGGAAGAAGAGGAGGAAGAAAUUGCUCCAGCUCAACCAGUAGUCAAGGAUCAAACUGAGAAACUGGACCAGAAAGAAGAAGAAGAAGAAGAAGAAGCCCCGCCGCAUGAGCUGACCGAGGAGGAAAAACUUCAGAUCCUCCACUCCGAGGAGUUUGCCAACUUCUUCGACCAGAGCACUCGCAUUAUCGAGCGAGCGCUCUCCGAGCAUGUGGACAUCUUCUUUGACUACAGCGGUCGUGACCUGGAGGACAAGGAAGGGGAAAUUCAGGCGGGAGCGAAGCUUUCACUGAACAGGCAGUUCAUGGACGAGCUUUGGUCCAAAAAUCGGGUCGUCACCUGUCUGGACUGGUCUCCACAGUAUCCUGAGCUCCUGGUCGCCUCCUACAACAACAACGAGGAGGCUCCACACGAACCAGACGGCGUGGCUUUAGUCUGGAACAUGAAGUACAAGAAAGCCACGCCAGAAUACGUCUUCCACUGUCAGUCGGCAGUGAUGUCUGCGGCAUUUGCCAAGUUUCACCCAAACGUCGUGGUUGGGGGAACGUACUCUGGGCAGAUCGUUCUGUGGGACAACAGGAGCAACAAGAGGACCCCGGUGCAGAGGACCCCGCUCUCAGCAGCAGCACACACGCACCCGGUGUAUUGUGUGAACGUAGUCGGCACGCAGAACGCCCACAACCUGAUCAGCAUCUCAACGGACGGCAAGAUCUGCUCCUGGAGUCUGGAUAUGCUCUCCCAGCCGCAGGACAGCAUGGAGCUCGUCUUCAAGCAGUCCAAAGCCGUCGCCGUCACCUCCAUGUCCUUCCCUCUCGGAGACGUCAACAACUUUGUGGUGGGCAGCGAGGACGGCUCCGUCUACAUGUCAUGUCGUCAUGGAAGCAAAGCGGGGAUCAGCGAGAUGUUUGAGGGCCACCACGGCCCCAUCACCGGGAUCCACUGCCACACAGCUGCAGGGCCGCUGGACUUCUCCCACCUGUUUGUCACCUCGUCCUUCGACUGGACCGUCAAGCUGUGGAGCACCAAGAACAACAAGCCGCUCUACUCAUUUGAAGACAACUCCGACUACGUGUAUGACGUCAUGUGGUCUCCCACUCACCCGGCUCUGUUUGCAUGCGUGGACGGCAUCGGCCACCUGGACCUGUGGAAUCUGAACAACGACACCGAGGUUCCCACUGCUAGCGUUGUGGUGGAGGGGAGCCCGGCCCUCAACAGGGUCAGAUGGGCUCAUACCGGGAGAGAGAUCGCAGUGGGAGACUCCGAUGGACGCGUUCUUGUUUAUGAGGUUGGAGAGCAAAUUGCAGUUCCGCGAAACGACGAGUGGACACGCUUCGUCUGCACGCUGGCAGAGAUCAACGAGAACAGAGACGACGCCGAGGAGCUGGCCGCUCAGCGUCUGGCUGCGUGAACUCGUCUCUGCGGCGUUUAAGGGACCAGCUGGGUGCUUUUUACUGUCGGCCAUGUUUUCUGACCACAUGACUGAAGGAUGAAAGUGUAAACAUUUUCCGAUUUCCAUCACCAGUCUUCCUGAAAUAGAGAUCCGAGCUGCAGGGUUAUCGAACAGCGACACUGACAUGAAGCCAUUUAUUUAAAAAAGAAAAAGAAAAGAAAUGGUCGUCUUCUCUUCAACCAGAUGCCUUAAUGUUUAUCUGUAAAAUCUUUACCUGUCAGUAUGUCGGUCCAUGUUGACAAGAGCCUUAACUUUUGUGUUUUUCAAGCCAAAUAGAUGCACAAGCUCAGAAAUGUCAGUCAUGCUGUAGUUGUUCUGUUUCUAUUAAAGUUAUGAUGAACUAACCAGGUCUAAUCCAGUGGUGUGAUCAUCUCAGAGUCACCUUGGAGUCGAUGGUCAUAUUAAUUACAAGCCUUUAAUGAUAAACUGAACCACUCAGAAUGAUCACAAAACUUCAGUACAUGCAUACGGGUUUAUAAACACGCUGAAAACCACCUUUUUUAUAGGCAUCUGCAAGCUUCUUUCCUACAAAAGGACCUUUUAUCGCAAACUAAUUUAAAUUGGUUGAUUUCUCAGCAUGAACUUUUUGAAUAUGGGUUCUGUCGGGUCGUUUCUGCCAGUUUGAUGUUGGCCCGGUUUUUCUGUUCCAAAGCCAGUUCUGGUGUUUUUUUUGUCCAAGUUUCAACUUUCUAUUGAUUUCAGGUUAAUUAAAGAAUCUGGACACAUUUAUUUCAUCGAACAGGUCCAUCGGCACCACUGUCGGCUUAUGAGGCCCAUAUCAUGAUGUUGCGACCACCAUGCGGGGGUCACUACACUGUGCAGUUUAAAAGCCUCGCCUCGACUCCCCCAAACAGAUUUCUUGUCAUUGGUUCUAUGUAUUGGUAUGUUGAAAAUUCCUAGCUUUUUUUUUUUUUAAACAUGCUGACCAAUUUUCGUCUUUUAUGAGUUUUGACAACUCCGACGACGGUGGUUUCACUUCUAUCCGUGUUUUACAGCAUGCAGAAUUUCGGUUCAUGUAGAUAAAAAAAUGUGCAUUAAAUUCAAAUUAUUUUCAAAAUAAGUUGAGGUCGUAUGUUGAAACAAUAUUCCAGAUUGAUUAUAGAUCGGUUCAAAUAGUUCAAAUCAUUAGAUAUUAAAACGUUUCGCAAAGAUGUGUGUGUGUGUGUUUGCCUGUGGCUGCAGCUCAGGUCGUCAUCUCUGCUCAUUUAGACAUGAUAAAUUUCUACUCUGAUGCUGUUUUGUACUAAUCCUCCUGGCUGGAGUCAUGAAUGCUGUAUCUGCUCAGCCGAGUUUACAGCUGACAUGUGAAGUGACUGGAUCCAUCUAGAUUCUUCAUUUUCAGACAAAACUUUGGAGGUGGGGGAAAUAGAGAAUGUACGUUUCACAGUAGAAACACUUUGAAUGAUUUAUUUCAAUAAAAUACAAUAAAUACACUUAAAUUAU